AAAAACGAGAGAAGGUUUGGUAAUAAGUAAUAUACCUACAUGUAGAAUGUAUCAAGUGUGGUGCAGCGAAAAAAAAUCUUGAGUGCAAUUUUUUUUCUUUCAAGAUCGAUACUACUUUGUACAAGAACGAGUUUGUUUCUUCGACAGACUCAAAAAUUCGAAUCUCAUUUUCGAAGCUCUCUAACUUUACCCUCACUUUUCCCUGCUGUAAGAUUUCCCCUGAAUUCUCCCGUUUUUCCGCGUUUUCCCUAAGCGUAGGAACCCUGCUGAAUUUCCUGACUUUUCCCGGUUUCCUCUGUAAUUUCCUAACUUUCCCCGGCCAAUGAAAUUCCCUGACUCUUCCUUGCUGUACGAAAUUCCCUGAAUUUUCCCGGUUUCCCCAGCAAUUUCCUGACAUUUCCCGACCGACGAGAUUCCGCGAGUGAAAGAUUCACCCUCUCGGAAUUGGGGGAAGAUCGCAUUGACGAAAGGGAUGAUCCCUCCUUCCGCGUCACCGCGACGGGGGUGAAAAGCGGACGAGGCGAGGCGGCCGUGACUCUUCGGUGCUCGGAGAUCCCCGUCCCGACGCGGACGCGGUGACUCGACGUCCUCUGGGGGAGCCGGCGUUGCGGAAGGCGUGUGUGCCGAGACCGCCCUCUGAGCAAUGCGCGUCCCCACCCCGAGGAAGCCGGGACAGGUCGCUCCGCACGCGAGGACACGCUCCAUCGUUCGGGCCUGACUGAGACGGACCGCAAGCAAAACCCGUAACCCUGGCCGUCCACUCAGAGCCACCGUGUCCUUUGGUUGGACCGCAUCAUCGUUUACCAGUCUCUCUCUUCUUCGAUCCGAUCGCCGGCCGUCCGAGCUGCGUCGAGAUUCGAGCCGCCGUUCGCUGGACCCGAAGAGAUACGACAAACCGGCAAGGGCGUCGGGUUCCCGUCGCGGUUUGCGCAAUUUUCAUCGAUAAGACGCGGUGCGGUAAUCGGAGAGGGAGGAAAGUGAGCGCCUCUCCUUUCUAGAUCGGCCGAACGGUUCAAUCGCGCUUUUACUCACCCCGUCGGUUGGACGUGCGGAAAUUAGCGGGAGCUUUUAUCAAAAAUUUAAAAAAAAAAAAAAAACGUGCGGUAUAACCGACGGUCGUCAAUUUCUGCGAGGAGCGGGAAGAAGAGGAACGCAAAUUUCAACGAGUGUUUUCGUGCCGAAUAUCGACCAACCCGCCGAUUCCCCGAAGCUUCCGCAAUGGCUACGACGAAUUCCGCACGGCUCUUCUGGACGGUGUAACGUUUUUUUUUUUUUUUUUUUCUUCUGUUCGGUACACCAGCAGUGCGAGAGAGGUUUUUUUUUUAUCCACCGAAGAAGGGUCGCAGAUUUGCUCUCGCGAACGAAGACCGAGACGCAAAGAAGUUUGAAAAAUCGAGGAGGAAUCGGGGAAGUGAGAACCAGAACCAGGAUCGACAAAACCACGUGCGUUUAGCGGAGAGCCGGUUGUUCAUGCGGGGAUCGAAGGUGUCCGAAGGUCCGAGGAGCUGCGUGCAGUGGCUAUUUGUCAAUCUGCAGCGGGGCAAAACAAAUCGGGACUGCAAAAGGAACGAGGGAGAAGCUCGGCUCUGAAAGCGCGAGGAAAGCUCCGACCGAUCGUCUCGUCAAUAAGCAUCGUCGCGAUCCUCCGAGGAAGCUGCGUAUAUGGGUAUCCAUCAGACAUGAUCCAGAUGCCGGGCACGGAUUGAACCAGCGCGAAACACACCAUUAACAAUCCUCAGAAAUAAAGGGCUGGAUCGAUCCUCUCCAACGAUCCGAGAUGCCGCACACCGGUCAAGCCGGAGUCAAUCAGCUGGGAGGCGUGUUCGUUAAUGGAAGACCAUUACCCGACUGCGUCAGACGAAGGAUAGUCGAACUCGCUCUGCUCGGUGUUCGACCUUGCGACAUUUCGAGGCAGCUCCUGGUUUCCCACGGAUGUGUAUCGAAGAUUCUUACCAGGUUCUACGAGACCGGAAGCAUCAGGCCUGGCAGCAUUGGUGGCAGUAAAACGAAGACUAACAAGAGAGCUUUGCUGUUGCAGCAAGUCGCAACGCCGACGGUCGUCAAGAAGAUAUUACGCCUGAAACAGGAACAGCCAGGUAUGUUCGCCUGGGAGAUCAGGGAGCAGCUUGCGAGGCAGGGAGCCUGCGAUCCCCAAAGUUUACCCUCCGUAUCAUCGGUAAACCGAAUUCUCAGAGGUGGAGGACUUCACGCCGAUCAUCCAACGAUCGACGGCGGCACUUCGAGCGCCUAUCAAACCCAGAUGACGUCCAAUCUGAAUGCCAGAGACGCCCUAAUGAGGACUGACUAUCAACAGAAGCUCUUUUACCCCGGGACCCUAGGACCCCUGCAUAUUUCAACAACCUCCGGCGGCGCCACACCACCGUCUUGGAAUCCCAGCUUCUAUUCCUCGCUCUAUCACGCUACGACCCUCCACUUGCAGCACGGAAUGCAAACGUUCACAUCGCUGGAGUCGGAACGACUCUCACAACAGAGCAACAGCCAAAGUCAGGUGGACCUCAAGUCGAGUUCAAGUUCGAUGGCGGGUAGCGACGAUUCCCUGGACAAGAGCGACUCGGACGAUAACAACGAGUCGCAGGACACCUACAAGUCCUUUCAAAAUCCUUCGCUGAUACUGGAGCUCGGUCACAAGAUCGGCAGCGAUCGAAGCGCGUUCGUGCGGCACGGAACGCCGGUCUUGACGUCGAAAUUAAAAAGCGUCCGAAGCUCGCCGAGCAGCUCGGAGCAGAGCAACGUCGGGGAUAUCGACUCGAACGAGGCCUGCGAGUCGCGAAAGAUCCUGGAAUCCGACGAGCCGACAAAUCCGAUCGAGUCCAACACGGAAAGCGACCGGCAACCUGCCGCGCAGCCUCAACGAAAACGGAACCCGUAUUCCAUAGAGGAACUCCUCAAGAAGGACGAGAACAGAAACGAGUCGAAAAGGCAGAGAUUGACGAACAUAACCGGGGUCGUACAGCCCUGCGGUCUCGUCCUUGACAAGGAUAUUUAGAGUUAGGAAAGUUUCUCUAAUUAAAAGCGGCCGUGUGCGCUUCAACUAUCGUAUUAUCGCACCCUCGCGACUGUCCUUAUGAUUAACAUUAUUAUUAUUAUUAUUAUUAUUUUUCUCAUAUUAGCAGCUAUUAUUUUUCAUUAUUUUCAUUAUCGAUCACUUUACGAGUCGUUUUCGUUGCUAUCGACUAUAACGACCCUUGCACACUGUAAAUUUUAGCGUACGAUAUUUAUACGUAAUGAUAACUAAAUUAUUGAUGCCAUCUUCACGAUCACGGUGAUCCUGAAACGGAAGCCAUAACGUUAUACAGUAGGAGCGUAUUGUGUAGAUUUUAGUGUCUGGAGUUGACCGUACUUCGUAUGCCUAUAGAUAUAAUAGAUUACUUACAACGUUAGGAAGGUAUACGUAUAUACAUAUGUAAUAAACUAUCGACGCCACUAAUAAUCCCAGAUUUGUCACGUGGCGUAUAAUCGCGGGAUUCUCAUCGGCGAGUUUUACAAUCAGAUGGAAUAAAGAACAAGCCGCUAUCAUGGCUGCGAAGGAUGCGAAAAAGAGAGCCGUAACGUAUCUGCGGCGAAACAACGCUAAUUGCGUUUAUACUUACAGCUCUCUUGGUCGGUAGUGCAAAACUGAGCGCCGACUUGCCUCCGCGAAGAAGACGUUAUAAGGGUAUUAAAAUCGUAUCGUGAAAUUAGUCGAAUCCCGGCUCAUGAAACGGUCGGUGCGCGGUUCGAAACGACAGAAGGAAUGCCGCCGUAAUAAAAUCAUAAAACGCUUCCAAGCGUUGCAGCUUCGUUCGAGUUUGAACGCCUCUAUUGCACCCCGAGUAGCUAUCCGAGGGCCUUCGGGCCUCUGUGCCUCGGCUAUUAUACGCCUGUCUCUGCGAUAUACGGUAUGUAAAAAUAUCAGGACUCGAUGGUCCAGCGGGAAGAGGCUGCCACCAGAUGCUGAGGUCGAGGGCCGCGGAUCCGAGCCGAGUUCCGUUUACAGCGUUGUAAACGGCUCUCGCAGCGUUUUCUCGUCCGGGAUUAAUUAAUUCUCCAUAAACGAGGACUCGUCUAGCGCUGGGGAAACGAUUCUCCUCUGAUUCUUCUACCGUGCACAAUAAUAAUGUAAACAAUAAAUAACCGCUGCUGUACAUCGAAAUCUGUACUUUGGUCGUAUGCAAAUGAACGUCAUCAAAAUUAAGGCGGCACGUAUCUGCGUUACGCGUUAUGUAUUAUUUAUACCUGUAUUAUUGCAACGUGAACAUUUGGGUACAGUGAUAGACGUUCGGAUUUAAUUUCACGGUGUGCAAAAUUACACGGAAGAAAAACGAACUUUUGCACUUUCGCCCAGAGAAGUACCCGGUAUUCCCUACAUUGAAUAUUUAUUGUAGUUGUAUAUUGUAUUAUGCCAGUAAUAGUUGUAAAAAUUUUAAAUUGAAACAAAGGUGAAAAUAACCACACAAAAAAAAAAAAAAAAAAACACACCAAAUC